AUGACAAAGAAAAAGGGCACCAAAAAGCCCAUGGAUCCAUCCAAAAUAACCCCACAAUAUAUAGAGGAACAACGACGACUACGAAAUGAACGUAAGGAAGAAGAGCGCAAAGUAAAAGAAGCUCAAGGUAUAUUUGAUUCACCAGAGCCAAUAGAUAAAUUUAUUAAGAGACCUGUUUUAGAAGUUCAACCACAAGAUAGUACCAAAUUUAACGUUACUAUAAUGAGUUAUAAUAUUUUGGCUCAAUGUUUAAUUAGAAGAGAUUUAUAUCAAACUAAUGGUAAGAUUUUAAAAUGGUCAGUAAGGUCUAAAAUAUUAUAUGAAGAAAUCAAAUGGUAUAACCCCACAAUACUAUGUUUACAAGAAUGUGAUAAAUUUCAGUACUAUCAUUUUUGGCAAGAGGAAUUGAGCAAGUUGGGGUACGAACCAAAGUUUUAUAGAUAUAAUACUAAAAAUCAUGGAUUAGUUAUUGCAUUUAAGUCCGACUUUUUCAUUUGUAAACAUCAGUCGUUUAUAAAGUACGAUAAUAAUAUUGAAUAUUCUCCAGACCAAAUAAAAUUACCAGAAGCUAGAAUUAUUACUAAAAAUGUGGGAUUCAUGUGUUUUCUAGAAUUCAAACCAGAAUUAGUUAGAAAAUACCCAUAUUUAGAUGAUAGAAACGGUAUGAUAGUAGGAACAACCCAUUUAUUUUGGCACCCAUUUGGUACAUUUGAGAGAAGUCUACAAACAUAUAUGAUACUACACAAGUUCAAACAAUUUCAGCAUGUUUUGAAAGUGCUAUACAAGAACGAUAUAGGAUUUUAUUCAUUUUUCACUGGUGAUUAUAAUUCAGAACCAUUCGAUGCUCCAUAUUUAUCAAUAACUACCAAACCCAUUACAUAUGAAGGGCAAGUCAAAAAUGCUCUAGGUUGCUCUUUAAGCUAUACCUUCUCGAAAGAAAGAGCUUUAGAUCUGGAAGAUGAAGAGGAAGAAGAAAAGGAAGAAGAAGAAGAAGAAGAAGAGGAAGAAGAGGAAAGCUCUGAUAGUGCAGACGAAGAUAAAGCAUCAGAUAAGAGUACCCAAAGGGAAACCGAACGUCAAAGCAAUCCAAGUGAUCCGGAACCAGAACAAUUUGUACCAACCGAAGAGCAAGAGACAACUAUGAAACAAUUGGAAGAUGCUCACAACGACUUGGAUGUUCAAGCAAUAUCAUUAUAUUCAAUAGGUUAUAAAUUUAUUGAUCCCAAGAAUGCAACAAAUACUCAAGACGAACCAAAUUUCUCGAAUUGGGUAGAUAAAUGGAAUGGUAUGUUAGAUUAUAUAAUGCUAUUAGUGCCGUGGAAUAAAGAAGAAUCCAGAACUACAUUAAUUGAAAAAAAAUCACCAAAAUACCUUGAAAAAUAUGGAAUUAAAUUAAUCAAAUUAUUAAAAUUACCUUCACCUAACGAAAUGGGACCAAAACCUAAUGGACAACCAAGACUUUAUCAAUAUCCAUCUGAUCAUUUAUGUAUAAUGAGUCAGGUAGAACUUCUAUAG